CCAUACCUUAGGGGGUGUUUGUAAUUUACCCAUAAUAAUAAAUUCCCUCCUCCGUCUUCCUUUUUUUCCUCUUUCAUAAACAUUUCACAUUCACCCACCGCUCUAAUUUCAAGGCCAUGAAAAAGCUGUAAAAAGAUCAUCACCACCCCCACCACCACCACCACCACCACCACCAUCUUUAUAUCUUUCCCAUUUCUCCCCUCCACAUGGCCUUUGAAUCCACAUUCACAAUUCUUCAUCAUGGGUUUUCUUUCUUGCAAUGCAGAGUCCGCCAUUGCCACCUGCGAUUCAUACAACUGGGAAUUAUUAUCUAAGAAGAAGCCCACAAAGAACCGGAGACCCUUCCACAUUACAGAAUUUCAUUUCUCCGAUCUUCACUCCGCCACCAAUGCCUUCUCCGCCGCCAAUCUCCUCGGAAAAGGCAGCCACGGCGCCGUGUACAAGGCUUACCUCCACCAGAUUAAGCUCGUCGCCGCCGUAAAAAAAACUAAGCAAAUCCACCCCACCGGCGCCGCCGGCGCCGCCAAUCCCGCCGAGAACGAGGUGGAGAUCCUAUCCAGAAUCUACCACCCCAGGCUCGUGAAUUUGCUGGGCUUCGCAGUUGAUCAGAACCAGAGCAAAUUGAUCGUGGUGGAGUACAUGCCAAACGGCUCGUUAUUCGACCUGCUCCACGGUUCGGGUAAACCGCCCGGUUGGGUCAAGAGGACCCGGUUCGCGCUGCAAAUUGCAUGGGCGGUUCAGUUUCUGCACUCUUCAAACCCUCCGAUUAUCCACCGCGACAUUAAAUCGUCCAACGUUCUGAUCGACGCCAAGUUCAAUUCGCGGAUCAGCGACUUCGGCUUGGCUCUCAGAGGCCACGUGGAGGACGUCAAGGUCAAGUCCACGCCGCCGGCGGGUACGCUCGGAUACCUCGACCCCGGCUACCUCGCGCCGGGAGACCUCACCACCAAAUCCGACGUCUUCAGCUUCGGAAUCCUGAUGCUGGAGAUAAUCAGCGGCCGGAACGCCAUCGACGUGAAUUACAGUCCGCCGUCAGUGGUCGAUUGGGCGGUGCCGGAGAUAAAAUCCGGCAACAUCACAGGGAUCUGCGAUCCGAGGAUCGGACCGCCGGAAGACACGAGCGCCCUCCGCCGGAUGGCAGCGUUGGCGGUGCGGUGUGUGAGGUCCUCGGCCGCGAAGCGGCCGGAGAUGGCGGAGGUGUUGGAGUGCUUGAAGAGCGUGCACAAAGGCAUGAAGACGCAGUCGCAGAUCUGCGUCAGUUUCAGUCGGCGCGUGGAGCGCGUGUGCGAGGGUUCUCGCGCUGUUGUGAAGUACGAGCCUUUAGAUGAGAGCGUGGAGCUGGUGACGAACAAUAGUAGUACUAGGGUGGGAAACAGAAGGAAAGGGAAAGUAUCUAGUGCGACGAGCGUACAAUUAGAGAGUGAUGUGAUUGGUGAUUGUGUCUUUAGGUCAAAGUCAAUAGGGACAGCUAGCGAGAUUAAAUUCCUGCCGACGGAUCUUACUAACGAACACAUUAAUAGGAGGAGGGUGGGAUUGAGUGUGAAGAUCCACACGGUGAGUCUGAGUAAGUCAAAAUCGAUGGGGUUUUUGCAGAGUAGUAAAAGAUUGGUCAACAACAAUGGUCAUCGCAUUGGCACCAGAAAAUUGGAGGAGUCCAAAUUAUUGGUUGAUUUAGUUGAAAAUGUUAAAGGUGAAGAAAAAUACUGAAAUUUGAAUAUUCAAUCGAUUUUCAGUAAAGGAAAUUAAAUUUAUCCUUA